AUGGGGUUCCUAAGCUAUGUCAGGGAGAAGAUACAUGACAUACGCACGGGACAGGAUGCGAAGCGGUCUCCAGCUGUACAUGGUGCGGCAUUUUCCUCGGCCGAAGCGCAACAAGUACCUGCAGAGGGCGCAUUGCCGGCUAACCGGCCGGGAGACGAACCGACGGAUAAAGAAGCAGACAGGACUAUGCCGGAACAGAACGGGAGGCAGAAGCCGGGUGACAUGCUGCCGAGACACGUUAUGAAGGCAAGUACUUCUUCCCAGACACAGGACGAAGGUCCGAACCGAGUGGUAUCCCAGCUGUCGUCCAAGCCGAGUGCCUCCGAACAGAAAGGAGCGACCCGCUCGACGUCCACUGCUGGCCCGCGGGCCCAAUCCGAGGCUUUUCCGAGGCCUUCUUUGCUCGCCUAUGAUUUAACUACCGCGCAGUCCCUGGCUCUUUCUGCAGUAUCGCCGAAGCAAUAUCGGGCUCCCGUAUCGCCGUGGGCGCCCACCACACAGCCACCACUGCUUACUUACGAAUUGACAACCGCUCGAGCACUUAUGAUUGGUGCCGCUGACCGCAAACAAAAUGGAACUAAAGCGACGCAAACAAAUAUGGAGACGCUGAACUCCAGGAUCGACGCUGCGAAAUCCGGUACCGCGCCCGAGUCAGAUGCUAAAGGACCAGUCGUCAGGCUGUGCUUGUUCAAGACCCAUUUAAGUCCUGAUCAUCAAGUCACCUAUAAUCAGACCCAAGCUCAGACUUUGCUGUACGGUCGUUCAGAAAUGAACAAGUCGGCACCAAUUGCGGAAAAGGCAGCGACACACGCCGUCAGCAGUACGCACCAGGUUCUCUACAAUGAAACGGUGGCGAGGCAACUAAUGAUGGGCGAUCCAUGUGGCUCUUCUUGUUGUCAGAAGAUGGAGUCCCGGUUGGCAGUGUAUGAGCUGACUCAAGCGAGGAUUCUAGGGGCGGCCAAAUAUCAACCGACAGACGACUUCGCGGGUUUAACUAAUUUAGCGAUUUAUAACUUAACCGAGGCCAGGAUGUUAGCAGCGCGCGUGGGAUCCCUGAGAGAGAAGCGUCCCGGUAAAAUCGCAGUCGAGUCAAGCGCCAAGAAUAGAAGAGUGCAGAUGGCUCCGACGGCUCAAUACGCCCAGACUCAAGCCCAGAUUUUGCGCUUCAAGUAA